UUGCUCUUUGUGUGGCUAUCGUAACGACGGCGAGUAUCGCGCAAAUACGCGCGGCCGACGGUUUCCUUCCUCGGCGCGGCCCGCAAUCCGCACAGCGAACAAGCGAACACUCAACAGGCACACCAAACAGUCGCAUCGCGCGCGUCACGACCGAUCGACACGUGUGCGCGGCAAAACGUUAUUAUUCCGUCGUGUUAUUCGUCGUUUGCCGACGACGACGACUGCUUCCCGUGACUAUUAAUCGUCCAGUCACACCGAGGCACAUGCGAGAUGGGCCGCCGUCCGCUCUUGUGGCUGCUUCUGCUGCUGCUGGCCGCGGCCUUUGCCAACGAACAGUGUCCGAUGAACGUUUCCAGUCCGGCGCCCGAAAACGCUUACCAGAUGAACGACGUACUGUGGGCCGGGGAACCGACGAAAUCGUAUCCACCGGCAGCGUACCGUCCGGUCCAGGGCGGCGGUUUCGUCCUGUGCACGUGCGAAACGGGAGCGUGCAUACGCAAGUGCUGCCCGGAGAACUGGGCGUACGUAGAAGGAGGGAAAUGUUCGGCACUCAACGCAUCGCUCGGCGACAUGUUUGAGGUUCCAGAGUUUGUAAAUGAAAACGGGACGGUCAGUGUAUAUAAGAAAGGCCUGUUUCAUCUAACCUAUGGAAAACUGAAGUGUGCUGACAAAUACCGAUUGACUCCAUCAUUGAAUAAAACUGAUAGUUUCCGAAUAACCAAAAGUGGGUGGUUACUGAAUGAAUCCGGAGCCACUAUUGCUCCACCGGAUAAAUUUUGUUUGGAGUCAUUUGCCGCGGACAAUUUUCAAACGUUACCAGUUGUUUGUUCUUUAGAAAUGGAAUACGAAGCAACAGGCGGAAAUAUAGUGUAUACGAUCGGAAUGAUUCUAUCACUACCAUUUUUGUUUUCAACUUUCCUCGUUUAUGCGCUCAUUAGAGACUUACGGAAUUUGCACGGAAAGUCUCUAAUGUGUCAUGUAGCAACGCUAAUGGUAGCCUACACCAGUCUAAUAACUGUUCAAUUCAUUAGCGAUUUAGUUAAUGAAGAAUGGUGCGUUUUUUUAGCGUAUGCUGUUCAAUUCUCUUUUUUGGCAAGUUUUUUCUGGCUUAAUGUUAUGUGUUUCGACUUAUGGUGGACUUUCAGUGGAUUUAGACCAUUAAGAGGAAAUGUACAUGAACAUGAAGCAAAAAAGUUUAUAAUCUAUUCCAUUUAUGCUUGGGGAAGUACCGCUUUAAUAACAAUAAUUACAUAUGGCAUGGAGAAAUACUUACCUGCAGCUGAUCCAAUUCGUCCAGAAUUCGGAAAUCACAGUUGUUGGUUUUCAUCAUCUACAGCCACGUUGUUAUAUUUUUAUGGUCCUAUUGGUAUUCUAUUAUUAAGUAAUCUAUUGAUGUUUAUACACACGGCAAUAAUGAUUGUGAAACAUAUGAGUGAUGCUAGAGUACUCAGUGGAACUGAAAGCCGUAGGAAUGUGGACCAUGAAAAACAACGAUUCAUGCUGUAUUUGAAAUUAUUCAUCGUCAUGGGUGUCAAUUGGUUAGCGGAAAUUAUAUCAUGGGCAUCAGGUUCAAAUGGUUUUGAAAAAUAUUGGUACGUUACAGACAUCGGGAACUCGUUGCAAGGAGUGUUGAUUUUUUUAAUUUUUGUUUGUAAAAAACGUGUUUUAAAUUUAUUAAACAAAAAACUUUGUCCGCGAUUUCAACUGUUUAAGACAUCUACUGCAUCUACUAGAACAACUAAUAGCACCACCUCUGGAAAUAGUUCCAAUACCAAAAAUAAAGAUGCAGUUGAAAUGUCCACUAAUUGCAGAAAAACUUCAACUAAUAAACAAUUACAAGAUUUUAAAGUUUAAUGAUUGUGUAAUGAAAAUAAAAUAGCUAUAAUUAUUUUUCAUUUUUUUAUCAACAAUUAUAACAAACACAAAAAUGUAUCAUCAUUAUUUUAAUUUAUGCUUUUGACCACAAUUUUUAUUUUGAUUAGAAUUGAGUAUUUUUUUUAAAAUGCUAUUCCAUGUUAGUUCCAAAAGUCACACAUAUAUGUACACUGUUUAUAAAUAAUGUCAUGUUAGCUAGUAACAU